ACAAAUCCCCGGAAAUUACAUUGACGGCUAGAAAAUAUUGUGUGCCGUGUGGAUCAAACGGGACAUCACAGGAUGGAUCCCGUUGGGAAGCCCUCCACUGGGCAAGUCCUGUUGUUGGCCACCAGCUCAGCCCUGACGGCUCUCUUCUACUCUGUCUACAAGAGUAGGGCAACAAUAGUUACUAGGCUAAAGGAUGCUAAAAAGGUGACUAUUGAUCAAGAUCUAAAUAACAUCUUGUCUGAAGCACCGGGGAAAUGUGUCCAAUAUGCUGUGAUUGAAGGUGUGGUGAAAUCAGUAAAAGAGACAUUAAACAGCCAGUUUGUGGACAAUUGCAAAGGUGUUAUAGAGAGAUUGACCCUGAAGGAGAAGAAAAUGGUAUGGAAUCGCACCACACAUCUCUGGAAUGACACAGAGAAGGUGAUCCACCAGCGCACCAACACUGUGCCCUUUGACCUUGCAUCCACCAAUGAGGCCGUGACUACUACAGUGCGUGUCAUGCGUCCACUCGACUCAGCAGAGUUGGACCUGGAAACCACCUACGAGAACUUCCACCCGUCUGUGCAGUCCUUCACCAACGUCAUUGGCCACUUCAUCAGCGGGGAGCGGCCCAAGGGCAUCCACGAGAUGGAGGAGAUGCUGCGUCUGGGGGAGAACGUGACGGGGGUGGGGGAGCUGGUUCUGGACAACAACCUGGUGAAGCUCCAGCCCCCCAAGCAGGGCUUCCGCUACUUCCUGAGUCGGCUGGACUAUGAAGGCCUGCUGAAGAAGCAGGAGAGCAGCGUGAGGAUGUGGAGGUUCCUCACCGUGGUGUUCGGAGUGGCCGCCUGCACCACGCUGCUGCUGAUGCUGUGGAAGCAGUAUGUGCAGCGCAGGCGGAGGGGGAAGGAGAGGAGCGUGCUGGACGAGUUCAAGGAGCAGCAGAGAGCUCGCAUGCAGGAACUGAAUGUGGAGGAGGACACAGUGUCUCCCAGCGCCUGCGCCGUGUGCCUGAGCCGCGAGCGCUCCUGCGUGUUCCUGGAAUGUGGACACGUGUGUGCCUGUUUUCAGUGCUACCAGGCCCUGGCAGAGCCAAAGAAGUGUCCCAUCUGCAGGGCGACUAUAGACCGGGUGGUGCCUCUCUACAACAGCUAAUUGGACAAUCGGUAUCAGUGAAUUUACGAUGCGUUUAAAAUGCAUUGUGCUCAGCGCCUUAAUAAGUUGGUUUCUGUAUUUUGUUUUGUACAAAGAGCCAUAAUGGUCAUCAUCACCAAAUUAUUCUUUUUCAUACCAAGGUCUUGUUAAAUGAACUUUAAAGGGUUGGAAAGUGUUUGUCUUGUGAGAGAACCUUGACUUGUGGUAAUUUAAUGGAAGAUUUUUUUAUCAGUGUAUGGUGAUGGUUGGUCUGUGGAACAUUUAGUAAAAAUCGAAUCAAAUUAAAGAAUGCCGCUUUUGUGAUGGAAACAGUUCUUACGUUCACUACCUUCACCGCACCCAGGCAUGAAUGUAGGAAACUCACAGAUGCCAGGAGAGGGGGAUGUCUGCCUGUGUACAACAAAACACCAAGAUUGCAGCAAUAAUGUAGGAGCGGGAUCAGGUGAAAACAUAAUUGUGUGUGACAUGUUUAAGUAAUCUUACGUUUUUCAUGAAAACAGCAUAGCUUACAUAUUGUA